GCUAAGCUGAAGGGCACAUUUACGAAUUUGAGUUGCGUUUAAUUGCAGCCUGGCUAAACUCAAAUCAAAUCUAAAAUGGUCUUGAUUUGACCGCUUCUGCAAAACUUGACUAACUAUCGGGGUGACGCGCCAAUCAUUUCACAACGGUUUGACCUUGAAGUGCUCAGCGACCUCCGUCAGUGGACGAUACCCCUGAAGUGUUGCCCCUCACAUCAAUCCGCAAAUGAAUCUAGCAUAUCUUGACGAUCGGGACAUCUCAGAGGACAUAGCAGGGUUUCACACCGAGUCAUCAAUGCUUGGAACCUGCUGCCCGAAGCAGUGGUGUCCGCACCUUCAACUUAUUCUUUCAAGAGAAGACUGAACACUCACAGAAGCAUACUAGGAAAGGAAUAACACAGGCCGUAGGCCUUCUGUCUUUACUAUAAAAAUCUGAAUCUUUACUUCUUCUACAUUUUAGUGGUUUUAGAUACUGAAGCUUGUGAAAUUUUACCACUGCUUCUCUAUGUGAAAUCAACGAGAAAAUUUUACCAGCAUAGAUAAAUUGUUCACUCAACAUUCAUGUUAGUUUAGCAAACAGUUUGUAUGUUUCUGUCUGUUCAUUAGACUUCGGUGGUCGUGUUAACAUUCGUAUACGUUACAUCAACAGUAGAGGAUAUAAGCUAAGUAAAAUGACCAGAACGCCUGUUUAAAUCAGGGUAAACAAUAUCCUUGGCAAUUUCACUGCAGCAUAUUGCAUAGUCUCCGUUUAAUUUCCUUUGGAUUAUUUGCUUUCCAUACAGAUGUCUUUUUGCGUAAAACCUUUUUAAUAAUCUUAUUUUUAAACAGACAAGGAUGAAUGUAAUGACAUCGCUAUUGGUAUCGAUAUUUCAGAGGAUUACAGUCAAACAAACAAUGUCUCUGGUGAUUCACUCAUUAAAAUGAGAGCACAAUGGACUGAAGAAUUAAAGCAAGUCGAAGAUGAAAUUCAAACACUGCGACAAGUCUUAUUAUCUAAAUUUCGUCGGCAGCAGUUUUUAAAGCGUCAGCUUGGUAUAACACCAAUUGAGGAACUAAAAAGUGAGGUUAAACAAGGUCUAGAUACUUUGCGAACCAGUGAUGCAUAUCUUAAAACAUCAGCUGUUGUAAAAACUGCUAAGGAUAAGACAUCAGCUGCAUUAUUUGAGAAAUGGAAUUUAUUACGACAAACUAAUACAUACAAAUCCUUGGAGAAUAAAGUGGGUUCAGCGUGUCUCAAUGUUUACGGCAAAUUGACGCGUUCUAAAACAUUAUCAAGUGGUACUGAACAAAUCAGUAAUUCUGAAAACACUACUAAUACUACUUUUGCAACAGCAGAAAUCACAACGAAAUCGUGUAAUUUAAGGACAAAUAAUAAUAAUUCAGUUCCUCAAUCAGUAUCAGUUAUAUCAUCAUUAUCAACGUCGUCGUCGUUCAAUCCCAAUGAUUCGAAUGGUAAUAAUUACGAUGAGAAUAAUAUCGAAAUAAAUGAAAAUGAUUCUAUACAUUUUGAUCAAUUACUCAACGACGAUAUAUUAUUACAUUCAAAUAGAAUAGAUAAUAAGAAAUAAUUAUAAAGACCAUAAAUCCUAACUAUUUCACAAUAUCCAUUAUAUAUUCAGUUUUGUAUUGUUAUGUUAUUCAACUUAAUUUUGUGAUAAAUGUACAUCUUGUUUUUAGGAUUAAUACAACAUAUCAGUUUUUGUUUUUUCGGGAGGGGGGGGAGUAUUUGUAACGCUAACUGUGAUCCCGUUAUCGUUUUUCUUCAUUCAGUUCUACAUACACUAAAUUGUUUUUUUUUAAAUUAUCUAAAUAGUUUAUCUUUAUUAAUAACUUUUUUGUGUUUAUCAUAUUUAUAAAUAUCAAUCAUCUUAUAUUCUCGACAUUUUGUGGUAUUUGUGCUCUUCCGUUGUCUUAUACCAAUUAAAAACCAAAGUUAUAGGAUAGUGGAUAUUAUCAUCGACCCAUAGUCUCUUUCUCACAAUAAGCGUUACCAUACUUCUAAUGCAAAUACGCGUUUUUUUCGGAGUUUUAUACUGCUCAGUGAAUUUUGAGAAUUUUUCCGGCUUUUAUGACAACUUUUAUUGCCAUGUUGUGUUUGUGAAUCUUCAUACACUGAAGUGGCUAAGACAUGUGUUACGUAUAUUUACUUACCCUUUACCUCGACGGGUAAUGUUUAGUUGUAUAGAAGUACGUUGGAAAUAAGCAAGGUUAUCA